GACAUCGACGGGUGCGAUUAGAGAGUGAUUCCACCGGAUCUCAUUUAUUCUUUUCGUAUGGAUAGUUUGAUUGUUCAAUCCGCUUCACCUUUGCAGAAAAAGUAUAAAGGUCCAUUUCAUGCCUUGCGAACCAUUUUAAGCGAAGAAGGCGGUGUCACGGGUUUGUACCUGUCACACAACCUGAUGCCGACAUUGCUGUAUCAUACCAUCACGCCUUUGUUGCAAAACACCACUCCCUUGAUCAUUGAUCGCGUUUUCCGAAUUUCGGCCAACGAUUCGCCUUUUAUGUAUGCCUUGGCCGAAUUGGGACUCAACACUUUAGAGAUCCUGAUCACUUUACCUCUGGACACCAUCCGUAAACGUCUUCAGUGUCAGAUCAAAACACGUACACCCAGUCGAAAGCCAUUUGAAACCAUUGUUCCCUUGCGACCUGCACCAUACACCGGCAUCACCGACGCCGCUUACCGCAUCAUGAAAGAAGAAGGCGGACCAAGAAAACAGAAGAACAAACAAAGAACCGAUGACGACCAAGCCUCGCCCAAGAAGAAACAGACUGGAUGGAGUUUACGCGGGUUGUAUCAAGGCUUUGGCAUGCAACUCACUUCCAAUCUUAUCUUGUUUGUACUACAUACUGUGAAUGGCGUCGAAGGUAAGCAAAAUGUAACACAAGUGGUCACAUCGUGCAUCUCAUCUUUCUUUAUGUACGCUUUUACAGAUGAUUACGAAGAUUUCUAGACAUAGGAUAUUAAAAAUAAUUGGGCUCUACUUUUUUGUAAUAUAUCACACACUCUUUUCAAAAGUCACCGCAGGAUUUGAUAAAUUUAAUUUUCAAAAAAAAAAAAAGA